AUGGCUUUUGUUAUUCCAGAGGCUGGUGAUCCUUUGGGUAAUUCUUUAACAGCUCAUGCCACUAACAUACCAGGUUGCAUUACAUAUCCAGCAGUGGAAGAAGGGUCUACAUUCGAAAUCAAGCAUCACAUGUUGAGUAUUUUACCUACAUUUCAUGGGUUAUCAACCGAUGAUCCUAACAUGCACAUUGCAGAAUUUUUAAUGGGAUGCAAGAAUAUUUUGGUGAAAGGAUUCUCAGCUGAAUCUAUUAAGCUUCGUCUAUUUCCUUACACAUUGAAAGAUCAAGCAAGGAGAUGGCUCCUCACACUUCCAUCUGGAAGCAUUAGCACUUGGAACCAACUCAGUGAAAAAUUCUUAAACAAAUAUUAUCCAGCUUCAAAGACUCUCGACAUGAGAACUCAAAUUUUAUCUUUUGCCCAAAAACCAAAUGAAGAGUUUCAUGAGGCGUGGGAACGGUUUAAAGAGUUGAAUAGAAAAUGUCCACAUUCUAGUAUUAGCAGUACGGAUCAAGUGCAUAUAUUUUUCAGAGGGUUAAAUAUGACAACAAAAACUCUUGUCAACGCUUCAUGCGGAGGAUCAUACAAGGAUAAAAAUGCACAAGAGGCUUGUUUAUUAUUUGAAAAAAUGGCAGCAGAUACACAGCAAUGGGCAGUUGAGCAGCCACAAUCAAGGUCUGUUUUUGAGAUAUCUAAUGGUUCUCCAUAUAUGUCGGCACAAAUUGAAAAAAUGGAGAAAAAGCUUGAAAGAUUUGAUGCAAAAUUUGACAUGUUAUUACAAAGAAUUCCAGGUUCACAGGUUGCUGUACAGCAACCUUUACCAGCUGCCUGUAGCAUUUGCAAUGUGACAACCCAUGAUUUUUUGAGCUGUCCGCAUAAAGAUGCUUAUCCGGAAUUUGCAGCGGAACAAGUUAAUGCAUUUAAUAAUUUUCAGCGUCCACGAUAUGACCCGUAUUCAAAUGUUUACAACCCGGGUUGGAGAGAUCAUCCCAAUUUUAAGUGGGACAGAGAUCAGCCUGCAAGGCCACAAUUUCAACAACAGGUACAGCAAACUGCUGCGCCUAAGGCUGCUUGGGAGGUUGCAAUUGAAAAAUUAGCAAAUGCCACCAGUCAAGAAUUCCAAAAUCUGCAGGCAACAGUGAAAAACAUAGAAAAACAAAUGGGGCAGAUUGCAUUCCAAGUUUCAGAAAGAGCACCAGGUACAUUUCCUAGCCAAACGGAACAUAAUCCAAGGGGAGGCGCAGAUUGUAAGGCAGUUCGAGUUCUACGUUCGGAUUCUACAGAGUCUAUGGGCAGAUCUGAAAACAGUGCAAAAAUUGCUGCAGAAACUGCAGAACGUGUUUAUGUGCCUCCAAUGCCUUAUCCCGAAAGGUUGAAGCCCAAAGUUAAAGAUCAACAGUUGACAGAUUUUAUGAAGACGUUGGCCAAAGUUCAGAUCAAUCUCCCAUUGAUUGAUGCAAUUAAGAACAUUCCAUCUUAUGCCAAGUUUUUAAAGGAUGUUUGCACAAAGAAAAAGAAGCUCGUGGAUUUUGAAAAAGUUAUUCUUACAGAACAGUGCAGCGCAGUUUUAUUACACAAACUGCCUCCAAAGAAACAAGACCCAGGGAGUUUUACAAUUUCAUGCACAAUUGGAAAUUCUAAUUUUAAACGUGCUUUAAUUGAUUUGGGUGCCAGUAUUAAUUUAAUGCCUUUUUCUGUUUUUCAGAGACUAGGACAAGGAGAAAUCAAGCCUACAUCAGUUAUUCUACAACUGGCGGACCGUUCAGUUGCUUACCCUAGGGGAAUUAUUGAAGACCUCAUUAUUAAAGUGGAUAAUCUCUACCUUCCUGCAGAUUUUGUGGUCUUGGAUAUGGAUGAAGAUAUGCAAACACCGAUUAUUUUGGGGCGUCCAUUCAUGGCUACUGCUCGAACCUUAAUUGAUGUUGAGGCUGGAACACUUACACUUAGAGUGCAAGAUCAGUCCGUUGUUUUCAGUUUAUUCGAAAUAACCAAAAGGCCAACUGAUGUGCAAGAUUGUAUGCGUGUUGACAUGUUAGACAGCUUAAUGCAUGCUGAAAUUAUGCCCCGUUUGACAUCAGAUCCAUUGUUAAAGGUGUUGCAUGGGUUGGAGAAUAGAAACACUGAAGAUGAAGAGGUUUUUGAGUAUGUUUCAGCUUUGGAAAGUGUUCCUUUUCUACACCCCCGUUGGAGGCACGUUUUUGAGAGUUUAGGGGAACCGAAAAAACCAUUGCAGCCCUCUAAAGUACAGCCACCUAAACUGGACUUAAAAGUACUGCCAGGACACUUGAAAUACGCUUAUCUGGGUGCAAAUUCUUCGCUGCCAGUUAUUAUAGCUGCUGACUUAUCAUCAACAGAAGAAGAAAAAUUGCUGCGUAUUUUAAGAAAUUAUCAAGAUGCAAUCGGUUGGACUAUAGCAGACAUUAAAGGGAUCAGCCCUACAAUUUGCAUGCACCGAAUUCUGAUGGAAGAUGGAGUAAAGCCCACCAUUGAUGCUCAACGUCGUUUGAAUCCAAUUAUGAAAGAAGUUGUUCGUACUGAGGUUAUGAAGCUUCUAGAUGCUGGGAUGAUCUAUCCCAUUUCAGAUAGUAAGUGGGUUAGUGCAACUCAAGUGGUGCCCAAGCGUUCUGGAAUUACAGUUGUGAAGAAUGACAAUAAUGAACUUGUGCCUACACGUUUGACUACUGGGUGGCGUAUGUGUGUUGAUUACAGAAAGAUCAAUACGGGCACUAGAAAGGAUCAUUUUCCAUUGCCUUUCACUGAUCAAAUGUUGGAAAGGUUGGCUGGUCGUGCGUUCUAUUGUUUCUUGGAUGGAUAUUCAGGGUACAACCAGAUUCCAGUUGCACCUGAAGAUCAAGAGAAGACAACCUUUACAUGUCCUUUUGGGACUUUUGCAUAUCGAAGAAUGCCCUUUGGUUUGUGCAAUGCUCCUGCAACGUUUCAACGAUGCAUGAUGAGCAUAUUUUCCGGAUUGGUUGAACAGGUAGUUGAAGUGUUUAUGGAUGACUUUUCUGUUUUUGGGGAUUCUUUUGAUGAAUGUUUGAACAAUUUAUCCUUAGUUCUUGACAGAUGCAUUAAGACAAACCUUGUUUUAAAUUGGGAAAAGUGUCAUUUCAUGGUUAAGCAGGGGAUUGUCCUAGGCCACUUGAUUUCUAACAGGGGUAUUGAGGUUGAUAAGGCCAAAAUUGAUGUAAUUGCAAAGCUGCCACCACCGACAGCUGUUAAAAGUGUUCGAUCUUUUCUUGGUCAUGCUGGGUUUUACAGACGGUUUAUCAAGGAUUUCUCCAAGAUUAGCCGACCAUUGUGUAAUUUGUUGGCUAAGGAUGCUCCUUUUGUCUUUGAUGAUGCUUGUUUGGAGGCUUUCAACAAGUUAAAGACACUCCUCACUACAGCACCCAUUAUUGCAGCACCUAAUUGGAGUUUACCUUUCGAAUUGAUGUGUGAUGCUUCAGAUUACGCAGUAGGAGCGGUUCUUGGACAGCGGAAAGAUAAGCUUCCCCAAGUCAUUCAUUAUGCUAGUCGAACUCUCAAUGACGCACAGCUAAACUAUGCGACCACAGAGAAGGAAUUGUUGGCAGUUGUUUUUGCAUUAGAAAAAUUUCGGUCUUACUUAGUUGGGGCUAAGGUGAUUGUUUACACAGAUCAUGCAGCUUUGAAGUAUUUGUUGUCGAAGAAAGACGCUAAGCCUCGAUUAAUUCGUUGGAUUCUUUUACUGCAAGAGUUUGACUUAGAAAUCAGGGAUAAGAAGGGUAGUGAAAAUGUUGUGGCUGAUCAUUUGUCCAGGUUGAUUGUGCCAAUUUCUGCUGAAGAUGACUUGCUGCCUUUAAAUGAAAGUUUUCCGGAUGAACAGCUGUUUGCUGCCCAUAUCAUUUCACCAUGGUGUAUUCCAGAAGAAGAGCAUGAAAGUGUUUUAAAGUUUGCACAUCAGUAUGCUUGUGGGGGACAUUUUGGCCCUAAACGGACAGCAGCUAAAAUCUUGCAGAGUGGAUUGUUUUGGCCUACUCUCUUCAGGGAUGCUAAUAGUUGGUGUAGAUCUUGUGAUCGUUGUCAAAGGGUGGGUAAUCAGUCCAAAAGAAACGAAAUGCCACAACAAAGUAUAUUAGUUGUUGAAUUGUUUGAUGUUUGGGGUAUUGAUUUCAUGGGACCAUUCCCAAUGUCCCAUGGCAAUCAGUAUAUUUUGGUGGCUGUUGAAUAUGUUUCUAAAUGGGUCGAGGCAAUUGCAGCACCAACCAAUCAAGGAUCAGUUGUUCUGAAAUUCCUCCAGGGGGUAAUUUUUCCACGAUUUGGAACACCGCGUGUCAUUCUAAGUGAUGGGGGUAAGCACUUUGUCAAUAGAUCGUUUGCUACGUUGCUAGCUAAGUAUGGGAUCACCCAUCGUGUUGCUACUCCUUAUCAUCCACAAACAUCAGGACAGGUUGAAGUUUCAAAUAGAGAAAUCAAGCGAAUUCUUGAAAAAACAGUUAGCUCGACUCGAAAAGACUGGAGUUUGAAAUUGAGUGAUGCUCUCUGGGCGUACAGAACAGCAUUUAAAGGCCCAAUUGGGAUGUCCCCAUUUCGGCUGGUUUAUGGUAAGGCUUGUCAUUUACCUAUGGAGCUAGAGCAUAAGGCAUUUUGGGCUAUUAAAGAGUUGAAUUUUUCUUAUGAUUCUGCUGGAGAAAAACGUAAAUUGCAGAUUAAUGAGCUUGAGGAAAUUCGUAAUGAUGCUUAUGAGAGCUCGCGCAUUUACAAAGAAAAAACCAAGGCAUUUCAUGACAAUCAGAUUCUCAGAAAGAAUUUUCAUCCAGGGCAAAAAGUUUUGUUAUUCAGUUCAAGGUUGAAGUUGUUUCCAGGGAAGUUAAAGUCUCGUUGGAAUGGCCCAUAUUUGGUUACUAAGGUUUAUCCUCAUGGGGCGGUUGAUAUUACAAGUGAAAUUAAUGGCAACACAUUCAAAGUGAACGGUCACAGGCUGAAACCAUAUUUGGAGUCACCCUUCGAUAUUGCACGCGAGUCACUGACUCUGAAGGAACCAGUGAUUUGA